UAUUUUUUACUGCUAUAGACCAAGACGACGUGAACAUCUUUUGUGUAGUUGAAAACUGCAUUUAAAAACAAGUGGCUCACUUUAAAAACAAAACAAACAUUUAUCAAAACCGUUAAAUAGUGUAUUGCAUGUUUAAUGAGCGCUAUAAGGCAACUCUGUGUGCUACCACGAAAAUAUAAUGAGCCAGGCACUCAAUGAAUCGUCGCAUAGUAUAGGCUCAGACGAACAAGAUGACACAAGAGAAGAGGCCAGUGGCAGCGGAAGUGGGAGUGGAUCCUCUGGUUCCGACUCUGAUUCAGACAGUUCCUCAGGUAACUCCAGCGAUGGACGCAGUUCGCAUGAGCCAACGGUUGCCAAAACGGCGGUGGCAGGUUUUCCACCAACAGCAGUGGCCGCUCAAGCAGAUACCAAAACGAAUGGCUUUACGGAUGGGAAUGAGGAAGACAGUUCCAGUAGUGGUUCCAGCGCCAGUGAUUCCGACUCAGAUGCGGAGGCUGGCGGCGAGCCUGACAGAACAAACAACAAUAACAUCAACAACAGCAGCAAGUUGCACACGAGUAGUAGCAGCAGCUCCUCUGGCACUUCUGCAGCAACACUUGCCAAAGCUGGCGAAGAGGAUGAUGAAGACGACGACGAUGAUGAUGAUGACGAUGAUGGUGACGAAGAGAAGACACAAAAUUCACAGGCGGUCAGUGAAGCCAGCGCCGAUGAAGAUGAUGCCAGUGAUAGCUCCGCCAAUGCCUCGCCCACAUCCUCCAGCAGCAGUAGCAGCAGCGAAGAUGAGGAGGAUGAUUACAGACCUAAGCGAUCUACGCGACAGCCGCGCAAAGCUGCGGCAUCUGUUGCUGAAAAAUCAAAGAGACCUGCCAAAAAGAAGAAGAAAAACCAAACUUGGGACUCCGAUGAGAGCGACGGGAGUAAUGACGCAGAUAGCGAUGAGGCACCUUUCGCAGCACAGAAACGCAAGUGCAAUGCCCGUUCUGGGGGCAACAAACAGUCGCAACAUCAACAGCCACGCCGUCGCGUGAAAUCCUUUAGUUCUGAAGACAGCGAUGAUGAUGAUGCGAGCAAGCGGUGUGCGACUCGUCGCACCGCCGCUGCUGUGAGUUACAAAGAGGCCUCUGAGGACGAGGCCACCGACUCGGAGGAUCUGCUGGAAUUCGAGUACGAUGAAAGUCAGGCAGCUGCUAACGCGGCUGCCGCUGAAGAGGAGGAGAAGUGUGAGACUAUUGAACGCAUACUUGCGAAGCGUGAUGGCAAGAAAGGCUGUACCGGUAAUCAAACUACAAUUUAUGCCAUUGAGGAGAAUGGAUGUGAUCCGAAUGCGGGCUUUGAGGACUCGACAGAGUCCUUAGAGGUGCAAUACCUGAUUAAAUGGAAGGGUUGGAGCUACAUACACAAUACCUGGGAGUCGGAAACGACGCUGCGCGAAAUGAAGGCCAAAGGCAUGAAAAAACUGGACAACUUCAUCAAGAAAGAGCAGGACACAGCUUACUGGCGUCGAUAUGCGGGCCCCGAAGAUAUCGAUUACUUUGAGUGCCAAUUAGAGCUGCAGCAUGAUUUGCUCAAGUCCUAUAACAAUGUGGAUCGUAUAAUAGCACGUGGCACCAAGCCAGAUGACGGCAGCGAGGAGUUUCUGUGCAAAUGGCAAUCGUUGCCUUAUUCGGAGUCCACGUGGGAGGAUGCAACAUUAGUGGUUAGGAAAUGGCAACGGUGUGUUGAGCAGUUCACCGAGCGAGAAAACUCCAAGUGGACUCCAUCGCGUCACUGCCGUGUGAUCAAAUAUCGUCCAAAAUUCUCGCGCAUAAGGUCACAGCCCGAUUUUUUGGUGGACGGUCUUACUCUCCGUGAUUAUCAAAUGGAUGGACUGAACUGGCUGCUGCACUCAUGGUGCAAGGAAAAUUCCGUUAUACUGGCCGAUGAGAUGGGUCUGGGAAAGACCAUUCAAACAAUAUGUUUUCUCUAUUCGCUCUUCAAAAUUCAUCAUCUAUAUGGACCAUUUUUAUGUGUGGUGCCGCUUAGUACAAUGACCGCCUGGCAGCGGGAAUUUGAUUUGUGGGCGCCCGACAUGAAUGUAGUUACAUAUCUGGGUGACGUUAAGUCACGCGAGCUUAUACAGCAAUACGAGUGGCAGUUUGAAGGUUCCAAAAGACUGAAAUUCAAUUGCAUAUUAACGACCUAUGAGAUUGUGCUAAAGGACAAACAAUUUCUGGGCACCCUCCAGUGGGCAGCAUUACUCGUUGAUGAGGCGCAUCGGCUGAAAAACGACGACUCGUUGUUGUACAAAUCGCUCAAGGAAUUUGACACAAAUCAUCGGCUACUUAUUACGGGCACGCCAUUGCAGAACUCGCUAAAGGAGCUGUGGGCUCUGCUUCACUUUAUAAUGCCCGAGAAAUUCGAUACUUGGGACAACUUUGAGCUGCAGCAUGGUAAUGCCGAGGACAAAGGCUAUACGCGCCUACAUCAGCAGCUUGAGCCAUAUAUACUUCGGCGUGUAAAGAAAGAUGUGGAAAAAUCGCUGCCUGCCAAAGUAGAGCAAAUACUUCGCGUGGAGAUGACAUCACUUCAGAAGCAGUACUACAAAUGGAUACUUACCAAAAAUUUUGAUGCGCUUCGCAAAGGCAAACGCGGUUCCACAUCCACCUUCCUUAACAUUGUCAUUGAACUGAAGAAGUGUUGCAAUCAUGCGGCGCUCAUACGUCCAUCAGAAUUCGAACUUUUUGGUCUGCAACAGGAUGAAGCGCUGCAGGUGCUGCUUAAGGGUUCCGGCAAACUUGUGCUGCUGGAUAAACUUCUGUGCCGACUGAAGGAGACGGGUCAUCGUGUGCUCAUAUUUUCACAGAUGGUUCGUAUGCUUGAUGUGCUCGCUGAUUAUCUUCAGAAGCGACACUUCUCAUUUCAACGCUUGGAUGGCAGUAUUAAGGGUGAAAUGCGGCGGCAAGCAUUGGAUCACUUUAAUGCUGAGGGUAGUCAGGACUUUUGCUUUUUGCUAUCGACCCGAGCCGGCGGCUUGGGAAUUAAUUUAGCCACAGCCGAUACGGUUAUUAUAUUCGACUCGGAUUGGAAUCCGCAGAAUGAUUUGCAAGCGCAGGCCCGUGCCCAUCGCAUUGGUCAAAAGAAUCAAGUGAAUAUAUAUCGCCUGGUCACAGCGCGUUCCGUUGAGGAGCAAAUUGUUGAGCGUGCCAAGCAAAAAAUGGUGCUCGAUCAUUUGGUGAUACAACGUAUGGAUACAACAGGUCGAACGGUGCUAGACAAAAGCGGCAAUGGUCACUCGUCCAAUUCAAAUCCCUUUAACAAAGAUGACUUGUCGGCCAUUCUUAAAUUUGGCGCAGAAGAACUAUUUAAGGAUGAGCAAGAGCACGAAGAGGAGCUUGUAUGCGAUAUUGAUGAAAUUCUGCGUCGCGCCGAGACACGAAACGAAGAUCCCGAAAUGCCGGGCGAUGAUCUGCUGUCAGCUUUUAAGGUGGCUAGUAUAGCUGCGUUUCAGGAGGAUGAGCCCAGUGAACCGGCGAGUAAGGAUCAUCAAGGGGCUGAUGAGGAGGAUGACAGCAAAGAUUGGGAUGACAUUAUACCCGAAGAUUUUCGAAAAGUCAUUGAAGAUCAGGAGCGUGCUAAGGAAAUGGAGGACUUGUACCUGCCGCCGCGCCGCAAAACGGCUGCCGCAAAUAAAAACGAAUCCGGCAAGCGAAGCACAUCCAAGAGUGGGAUGCGUUCCAAGCAGGGCGACGAUUCGGGUGAUUCGGAUUAUGAAUUGGGCUCCGAUGCCAGUGGCGCUGGGGGCGAGGAUGGAGGCGGUAGGCAGCGCAAACGCGGACGUCCCGCAAUGAAAGAGAAAAUCAUUGGCUUCACCGAUGCAGAACUUCGACGCUUUAUACGCAGCUAUAAAAAGUUUCCGGCGCCGUUGCAGCGUCUAGAGGCGAUUGCAUGUGAUGCGGAGUUGCAGGAAAAGCCACUAACAGAGCUAAAGCGCAUUGGCGAGAUGCUGCAUCAACGUUGCGUGCAGUUCCUAGACGAGCACAAGGAGGAAGAAAUCAAGACUGUCAAGGAAGAGGAGCAGCCGGGCAGCAAACAGCGACGCACCCGCGCAACUUACUCUGUUAAGUUGGGUGGGGUGUCGUUUAAUGCCAAAACGCUGUUGGCCUGUGAAGAAGAGUUACAACCGCUUAAUGAGCUUAUGCCCAGUUCGGCGCACGAGCGGCAGCAAUGGGUAUUCAACAUCAAGACACGUUCAGCUAAUUUUGAUGUAGAGUGGGGUGUUGAUGAGGACACUCAUUUGCUGCGCGGCAUUUAUCAAUAUGGUAUUGGCUCCUGGGAGCAAAUGAAGCUGGAUCCAACGCUUAAACUGAGCGAGAAGAUACUGCUUAACGACACACGCAAACCGCAAGCGAAGCACUUACAAUCUAGAGCGGAGUACCUGCUCAAGAUUAUCAAGAAGAAUGUUGAGCUGACAAAAGGUGAAAAGCGGCGACAACGCAGACCUCGCAAGUUAAAAACAAAUCUCAAUUCAACCACGACAGCAGUCGGUACACCAGAGCGUAAGGAUGGAGUUCCUGAAGAGGGCAGUUCUUCACUGACGGGCGAUAGUAGUUUACGGCAGGCAGUAGAUGGCAGCAACGUUGUUGCUUCACCAAUUACAGCAUCUGCAUCAGCGACGGACCAUGGUAAUGCACAGAAAAAGAAAAAGUCAAAGACUCGUAGUAAAAAGUCAAGCGCAUCCGACAAUAAUGGCAAUAAGCCUAUGCACUUUACGGCCAACAAUGAGCCACGUGCACUGGAAGUUCUUGGUGACUUGGAUCCCAGCAUUUUUAAUGAAUGUAAGGAGAAGAUGCGACCGGUGAAGAAAGCGCUGAAAGCUCUAGAUCAGCCCGAUCUCAGUUUGUCCGAUCAGGAUCAGUUGCAGCAUACGCGUGACUGUCUAUUGCAGAUUGGACGACAAAUCGAUGUUUGCUUGCAGCCUUAUGGUGAGACUGAGAAAAAGGAGUGGCGCAGCAACCUGUGGUAUUUUGUGUCUAAGUUCACAGAACUGGAUGCCAAGCGCCUUUUCAAAAUCUACAAGCAUGCGCUUAAGCAGCAAACUCAAAAGGAUGCUCCUCCUAAUACAACAGCUGUCGAUGGCGGAAAGUCGAAAGGCUCGCGAGCCGAAAACGGCGUUGCAGACAAGGAGAAGGAGCGUGACAAGAGUGGUAAAAAGAAAAAGAAAGAUAAGGACAAGGAGCGUCAGGGACGCUAUUCAGGUGCGCCUUCCGAUGACAAGUCUGCACGCCGUUUUGCCAACGAUUCGCCAAUGAAGCGAAAACGCGAUGAGAACGAUGUGGAGGUCAGCGGCAUGGCUGUAAACAACUCUGGUAUCAGCGACAACCUUAAAUCAAUGUCUUUCAAGCGCCUAAAUAUGGAUGCAACUGCAUCCUCUCGACACGGGAGCCACGAAGACCAGCGCAAAAAGCAUCAUGACUACUACGGUAGUGCUGGUGGUGGGCCCCCCAGUGGCUACGAUGGUAGUAGCGCCCGUCGUUCUGGUCUCAACUCACCAUCUGCAAUAGGGGGCAGCAGUCGACGCUUUGAGCCGCCGCCUGCACCCUCUGGCUACGCUGCUGAAAUGGAUCGUUGGCAUCCACGUGAGCGUUACAAUUUUGACUAUAAGCGCGAGAGAUAUGAUUCACUAUAUCCACGCGGAGGCAGUGGUGCUGUCGGCAGCGGUUAUCAUCGAGAUCAUCGUGAGCGUGAUCGCGAACGAAGACCAGACAAACGCAGAUACCCGUCCGCCGUGCCACCGCAUGCCUACUCGAGCCAUUACCUGCCGUCUAAUUACUAUUUGCCAAAUGGCAUGGCUUUGCCGCCACCGCCACCAGGCUAUCGGAAUGAACCACGCGGCUAUCCAGUCAUGCCCCGAGAAUAUCCCGCUGAUUACAGGCGCGAUUAUGAACGGCGCACGCAGACAUGAGGAGCGAAUGCCGCUAGUUAUUGUAUAUACAUUUAGGUUAGUUUUAAGCUUGGCUGUGGUGUCUGUGUCGGGCGCGGCUAAUUGAUAAGUCUUUCCGUAACGAUCUUGACACAAAGCAUGAGCAACACACACAAAAACACCUGCUCAUUCACACACACACGCACACCCAAACAAAUUCACAUCCACCCAUACACAUACACUCACAAGCAAAAUCAGAAUACGCAUAAUACAGAUUAGGUACCAUACAUAGCUAAACAUAUGUACAAGUAAUAUAUAGCAGCUAUUUAUAAAUUGUACUGUAAAUUUAAAUUAUAUAUAUGAUCCGCAUAUUGAGUACAUGGCGGCGUUUCGGGCAAAUUACGUAAAUAAGAUAAUUUUACAAUUUCCCUUGUAUAAAGCAUAGGCUUUAAGUUUUCUUCAUUAAACCCUUUUUAUACUGUACAGUUAAUUACGGGCAUAUGCCACUUCAAUAAGUCUUUUGAAAGCUUUGAAAAUAACAACAAAUUCUCACUAUAUUUAUAAACACAACAUUGAAUA